UCCACGACGAAAGGGUCACCACCAUAACGACUUCAAUCAGGCAUCUUUGUCGCACUUUUCAGCUUGAUUCCUUAUUCCAACAUGUCGAACCAGACUGUAAAGUCUACGCUCCGGUCGCUAGGUCGAUUCAACGGGGUCUCGUCUGCUCUGCUUGGCCCGUCCAGGAGGCAGUUCAGCACCACGUGCCGUCGAGACAUCCGAGCGACCUUUGAAAUGACAGAAAACCCUGAGCUCAACCAUGUUCUCAAGACCAUCCAAGACAAGAUCGUUCUGCCAGCCCAUCUGCCCGCGAAGCAGCGCAAGAUGGUCUUUGAUACCAAGCAGCGCGGCCGCCUCGAACAAAACCCGGUAAUUCUUGAUAUUGAGGACCUUGAGCACAAAUUCGAGCCGAUAGACAGAUUCAAGGAUCUUCCAAACGCAAAGAAGAUGCUACGACUGGCAUUGAGCAAGAUGGAAACGAGCGAAGACUGGAAGAACCUUCCCAUUCUUUUGACCGGAUACAAGCAGGCGCAGAUUAAGCUCAGUCCCGUUGAGUGGGCUAGCACUGUACGAAAGGCUUGCGAUUCUGGCAACGUGCAUAUCAUUCUAGAAUGCGCAAAGCAGCCCGAAGCCACCGGCCUCAACAUCUCUCACCCAGACAUUGCCGCUCUCCUUCUCUCUUUCCUUAAUGACCGCACCGUUGUGACAAACAUGGACGCCGCCGAAACUACACAGUCGCUCAAGUUUUGCGAAACGAUUCUUGAUCUCUUGGCCCGUCCUCAACACGCCCCCGCGACACACACCGCCAAGCUCGCUAGAGCAGAGAACAACAAACUUUUCCGCGGCCUAGUCCUCUUUGCCCGCCUCUCGCUGCUCAAGUCGGAGAUUCAGGCUGAGGCUGCCACCGACAGACUUAGCCUGUUAGCUCAAGAUGAAGUCGACCGCCUCACAACGCUCUGGGGUGAUUCUCACCAGUCCAAUCUCGAAGAGCUAUCUGACAUUUCACUAUUAUCACCGAAGCAGACCUCUACUCCCACCGAUAGCAACUUGUCAGGAUUCUAUUACACUCGCGUUAUAGCACAAAACAUCAGGGCUCUCGCCGAUGCCCAGCAAUUGCUCGACAGCGACGCAUCUAAGCUCCAACCUAUCCAGAAAGCUCUGCAAGAGCACCUGGGUAACGUGGUCAAGGCCAACAGCAGCAAGGCAGAAUCUUGGGGCAAGGAAUAUGAAACUAUUGUUGGAGCAGCGUUGUAAAACAGGGCCAUGGCGGCUGUUGUAUUCACACAGACAAGACAGCAUGUACGACUUGCAUUGUUUUUAUUAGAUUAAAUUUUCUACACAUCAUGUACAAUACAAAAAUUAUUUUCCCCUACUUUCUUAUGGCAGAACAAUGUACUUUUCCAAAUGCUUAGGAACGGCAUCCAGCAACUUCUUCUCCGUAAGCCACUUUCUGGAGAAGAGGCGAUCCGCGUAGCGGUAAGCACCAUCGCAGAGAAUAGUGACGACCUUGUUGCCCUUGCCGAGCUUCUCUGCGACCUCCUUGGCAGCAACAACGUUUAGGGCAGAGCUUGCGCCGAGGUAGAGACCCUCCUCAUCCAAGCAGCGGUAGACCAUCUCAAUGCUCUUCUCGUCAGCAAUUGUUAGGGAGCCAUCGACCAGGUCGAUAUCAGGUUGCAAGUUAUCAGUGAUGCGACCCUGGCCAAUGCCUUCGGUAAUGCUGGAGCCGGUUCGCUCGAUUAGCUUACCGCCAGAGGUAAUGUAUGAGUGAAGGACGGAGCCAGGGGGAUCAGCCAAGAAGCUCUUGACCUUUCCGCCAGACACGUCCUUUAGGUAUCUAGUGAUACCGGCGAGCGUGCCGGCCGUGCCAGUAGCGCAAGUGAAGGCGUCAACCGUUCCGUUUGUUUGUGUCCAGAUCUCAGGGCCAGUUGUCUCGAUAUGGGCGCGUCGGUUCGCGGUGUUGUCGAACUGGUUCGUCCAGACGGCGUUCUCGAGUCGCUCAGCGUGACGCUUCGCCUGGUGGUUGUAGUUAUCGGGGUUGUCGAAUGCGACGGCAGGGACGGGGUAGACCUCGGCGCCGAGAAGACGCAGAAGAUCAAUCUUGCCCUGGGACUGGGUGUUGGGCAUGUAGAUGACGAGCUUGUAUCCCUUAGAGCGGCAGACAUGAGCCAGUCCAAUGCCAGUGUUUCCGGCCGUUCCUUCGACGACGGUACCGCCAGGAAGCAAAAGGCCGCGCUCCUCAGCAUCCUUGACGACGUAGAGGGCGGCGCGGUCCUUGACAGAGCCACCGGGGUUCAUGAACUCUGCCUUGCCGAGGAUCUCGCAGCCUGUCUCUUCGGAGAGGCGGUUGAGGCGGAUCAGGGGGGUAUUUCCGAUGGCUGUAGUUGGGGAGAACAGUUGUUAGACGACGCGCUCUUCAAUUGAGUAAAGCGGGAGCACUGAUGGCUGCCAAUUCAAUGGUAGACGAACCUCCAGUGAGGCCCUUGGCGAUGCCCUGCGCCUUGGAUACCGAAAUGGUGUAAGCCGAAGGCUCGGCUGCGACGGCGGCAGUGGCCAGUCUUCGCAGGCUGUGUCGGAACAUGGCUGGGAUGGGAAUUAGCUACGCCAAGUAUGUGAUGAGACAGGACGUGGUCGAGCGAC